AUGCUUGGGAAGAAAUUGGAUGAUGCAGAGGAGGCUGCAAAUGACAGCAUACGACAAUUGAAGGAGAGGAUUGUGAGGUUGGAGGAGGCUGUGAGGGAUUUGACACAGAAGCAGGUUGUUCUUUGGAAGUGCUGUGAGCAGCUUGUCACUGCUAGAAAGGCCCUGAAGAAAAGGCUCAAUGAAACGCACAAGAAGCCACCCUCAGCAUUCAAGAUGACCUACAAGGGGCGGUACACUUGGAAGGCCCAUCUCAUUGCUUGUCUAAUGGUUUCCAGUGGAACAGCUGAGAAGCAUGUUGGAGGAACACUUCAGGAAAUUGGCCACAUACUCAGUGUCGAAGUGCCAAAGGCAAUGAGAAAGUGCACUGUUCACCGCGCAAUUCUUGAGAAAGGGGUGGCAGCUGAUAUUCAGCUUGUGUACGAGAUUCUGAAAGCAGGACAUACAUAUAGCAUCACCUACAGCUCAGAUUCAAUGUCACACAAGCACAUUGAAUAUGAAUGUCAUACCAUUGCCCUCAAGGUGGUUGACUACUCGAAUCCCAAUGCAAAGCCAAUAUGGAAGCUUCGUACACUUGGGGUUGGGACAUCAGAGCUCACUGAAGUCUUCAACAAUAGUCCUCUCACUCAGCAUGAGGGCCUCCGCUUUGUUCCUGAUGACUUUGCAUACCGGCUUAUUGGAACGAGUGGUGACCAUGCUGCUGACCAGAAACAAAGCCAUGAAAUCUUACAAAUUUGGCGCCUCGAGGUCAUCCUGCAAUGA